CAUCAGCAGCACCGUCACAAAUUAUGUCACACAAAUAUGUCGAACUGCAAGCUUAAAUCCCAGCUGCAACUCAUCAUCCUCGCUGCGAAUGACAUUUGACUGCACACGCACCUGACGCAUUUUAGGGACGUGCAGGCGACUUUGUUGCUGCAUUCCUGAGCCGGGCAUCGAGCAUCGACAGCUCGCCAACUGUUUGGGGCGUGCCUGUGCAUUAAGAACAACCAGCACUCAACACACAACCACAUGAGCGUGCUACGGGCAACGGCAGCCCAAACGUGACACAUGGCGAUGUACUUUUAUGCCAGUAAGAUAUCAGCCAUCGUCUGUGGCACGCGCUGCAAGCAAACCGUGCUGCAAAAGUCGCGCGGUCAACGGGAUCGUGAUAAAUGUCGCCAACGGAGCAGAAGACGAGCUGUAUGUCAUGACAAUAGCACGGAGAACAGCUCGGCAUCGAGCGCUGAUGAUGAUGAUGAUGAUAAUGACGAUGUUGACGACGAUAAUAAUGCCGCCUGCUGUGGCACACCUCAACCGGAUGUGGGCAUUUUUCUGCUCAAUUCGACACCGGAAGCGGGCCAGCUUUACAACUAUGGCUUGAACCUGGGAUGGUUUAACGAGGGACGCUUGCGAUUGCGACGUCGUCACAGUGCCGAACAAUUGAGUGCACAUGAUUUGGAAUUAGGAUUUCAGCAGGAUUUAAAGCCACUCACUGCCAGGGAUGAUAUUGUUCAAUAUGAUGUGCCCACAAAUUCGCACAAGCGCAGCCAAUGUGAUAUCAACUUUGAGAGCUCGGUUUUGGGUUCCGGUGGCAUUAUGUACAUAAAUGGUAAAAUAGUUUCUGGCCCGCUGGACGCAUUCCCCGAGGUGCUCAAUCCCAUAAAUGUCAUUGAUUUAGAUAAGGAAUUUCUGUUCUCAUUCUUAUUAUCAUCACGUUUGUUUCUGCGACCACAUGAACUGCUCGGCAAACUGUUGGCAUCGGUGUCCCAUGGCAAAUGCUUGGAGACAUUUGUUGCCCUGCUUGCCGAGUGGACGCAACAAUUCCCAUAUGAUUAUCGUGAUGAACGCAUGAUGAAUCAUGUAAAACAUAUCGUUGCCAGAUGUUCCGAUUCACAUUUGGAAGCCGUUGUCUCCCAAAUACUAAGUGCCUUACUUAAACGUUUGACUGAUUUAGAGAAACACGAGGCCGAUCUGCGUGCCUGCCAGACAACCAGCGAAAAGCUCGUUGUACCAAUCAACUGCCCAACAGCCACCCAAUAUGCACAAAUCUUGUGUAGGUUGGAGAAGAAGCUGGCCAAGCACAUCGGUCCGGAGGAGUUUCUGCAGUGCAGCAGCAUGGUGCUGUUGGAUAAGCAGAAGAAAUGGGACCAACCAAUCUCAUCGGCGGGACCACCGGGUGCCCAGGAUCCAAAGAAGACUUGUAAUCUGGAAACGUAUCUGGAUUGGUCGGCACGUCUGCGUCUGUUUGUCUGCAAUGAGAUACUACAGUGCACCGGAAUUGAGGAGCGCAGUCGGACUGUGGAGCUUUGGAGCGGCGUUGCCCAAUAUUGCCUACUUGUGGGCAACUAUAAUAGUGCAACGGCCAUUUUGGAAUCCCUGGAGUCACCAGCCAUAGCCCGGCUGAAAAUUACGUGGAGCAAAUUACAAGUGACAUGUCAACAAUUGGAUUGCAUGCAACGGCAUGCCGAAGGACAUGGCCAUUUAUGGCAGAAACAGGCAAUCGUUCUAAAUGAGCAGCUCCAGCAGCAGCAGCAAAGUCUUAAGACUGAUAGUCAGGCCAAAGCCGCUUUAUCGAUAACGCAAAACUCAUCAGCAACAUCAUCAACAGCAGUUGAAGUAGCAGCAGCAGCAGCAGCAGCAGCAGCAGCAGCAGCCACAACAACAACAAUAGCAACAACAACGUUAACCUCAUCAUCAUCCCUGGACGACUUGAAUGCGAAGUCCUCGACAAAUGCCAAAGGGCAGCCGGUUGGCAUAAUAGGCACUUCCGGAUUGAAUGCACUGGAACAGUCAUCGCUAGAGGUGCCAGUGGCAAACAGCAGUGGCAAUGUAGAAGCAGCUACACCUGCAAACAUAGCAACAGCAGCAGCAGCAGCAGCAGCAGCCACAACAUCAACAACAACAACAACAACAACAACAACAGCAGCAGCAGCAGCAACAACAGUUUGUGGCAAACCCAAUGAUUGGGUUGUUAUACCAGUGUUUGCGGAUAUUGUUAAAUUGGCACUUGCCGAACGAGAAAACUGUUUGCAGUGUUUACCAAAUGGCCACAUCAAUGUGAUUGCCUUCGAUCGAAUGGCGGCCAUUGUCGGUGCUUUUACCAAGCACAUGCAGGCAAUGAAAUCAACGCAGGCGCCAUCUAGUGGCGAGUACGAGCACUUCUGCAACCAUAUGCAGCGAACAACAAAACUUGGCGAAGCCGAACUCAUGAUGGCUUCAUUUGACUGCGAAGGUCCCAACAAUGCCGAAAAACUGAUGUAUGACUUAAAUUAAUUUUCGAAAUAAGUGUAAGCGCAAUAACAUCGCAUGGAGGCCAUGGAGGCGUACCUCAUAGGGCACAGCUGCUGACUGCUUCGACAAGGUAAUCCCAGCGCGAUCCUUAUUGAUUAGACGUCUCAAGUCGACUCACUUCCUCCCCGUGGAGGCCUCCGGUAACGUUUAGCAAGCAUCCGUCUCUAAAACGGCCAAAGUGAGCGGCGAUCAUCUCCUCAGAUGUUGAUGUUGCAGUCCUGGGAUAAAUAUCAUUCAUCCACUUUAAUGUUUAGCACAUUUGAGAUUUUUAAAACUGGAAUAAAAUUUGGAAUACAUAAUUGACAUAAA